AUGUUAAGGACUGUGGCCAUUAGUGAAAAGCCACAGACGACCUCACAUGUGUUGAUUGGAUACGGGACGACCGAAAACAGCCCUGUGACAUUCUGCGGCUUUCCAAUUGACAGUAUAGAGCGGAAGACGCAGACCAUUGGAUGUAUAACCCACCACAUUGAGGCCAAAAUAGUGAACCCUACAACAGGGCUGAUCGUGCCUCUCGGCGCUCAGGGGGAGCUGAUGAUCAGGGGCUACUGCGUGAUGCUGGAGUACUGGCAAGAUGAGGAAAAGACCCGUGAGUGCAUCACAAAAGAGCGCUGGUACAAAACUGGUGACAUUGCCAGUUUGGACAAGUAUGGAUAUUGCAAAAUAGAAGGACGCAUCAAGGACCUCAUCAUCCGAGGAGGCGAGAAUAUCUACCCUGCUGAAAUUGAACAGUACCUACACACUCAUCCUAAAGUUCAGGAAGCACAGGUGGUUGGAGUGAAGGAUGAGCGAAUGGGAGAGGAGGUUUGUGCUUAUAUUAAACUGAAUGUGGACCAGGAAUGCACUGCAGAGGAGAUCAAGGCCUACUGCAAGGGAAAAAUCGCUCAUUACAAAGUGCCACGCUACGUGAUGUUUGUCCAGGGAUAUCCUCUAACGGUCACAGGCAAGGUCCAGAAGAACAGACUGCGGGAGCAGGCAGAAAAACAGCUUGGACUGUGAAUACAAAAACAAAAGCACACCUUUUUGGGAUUUUUUUAAACCAGCCUAGAUAUCAACUUAAGGACAUGAUAAAUUACUGAAAGUAGUGCCAUUUAAUGUUUUUUUAAGGCUUGUUUAAUACGCAUACUCAAUAUAAUGUUAGGUUUUAUAUAAAAAAGUGGCAUUCUAAAUAAGGAUAAUGUACCUUUUUUUUUAAUCAUUUUUUUUUAAAUUAGAUUUGUUUGUGCAUGAAACCAAAUCAUUCUUAAUCAGAGGGACCAAAGAUAAUCUUCUUGCAACCAAUGUCAAUACAUUUUCAGUAUGCAUGAUAUGCAUGGCUAGAAUGGUAGCAUUCUUAAUGAUUCUAUACACACAAAAAAAGACAAGAAAUAAAAAUUGAAAGGUUGUAUAAGCUGA